AUGAAGAACAAUGAAGUCCUUGCUGAGGAGAUUUUCGAGCGUGAUGAAGGGGCUCUUAAAUUUCUUAAAGAUAUCAAGUGGUUCAGAAUUGAUAAUCCUAAGGGCUUCAAGCUUGAAUUUUACUUUGAUACUAAUCCAUUCUUCAAGAACUCUGUUCUGACUAAAAUUUAUCAAAUGAUCGAUGAAGAUGAACCCAUACUUGAGAAAGCAAUCGGGACGGAGAUUGAAUGGUAUCCAGGGAAAUCUUUGAAUCGGAAGAUACUUAAAAAGAAGCCUAAGAAGGGUUCAAAAAAUGCAAAGCCAAUUACUAAAACUAAACAAUGCGAAAGCUUUUUCAACUUCUUUAGUCCACCCCAAGUACCAGAGGAUGAUGAAGAUAUUGAUGAAGAUGCUGUUGAAGAACUUCAAAAUUUGAUGGAGCAAGAUUAUGACAUUGGGUCAACUAUUCAAGAUAAAAUUAUUCCCCAUGCUGUAUCAUGGUUCACUGGAGAGGCUGCUCAGGAAGAGUAUGGCGAUAUUGAAGAUGAUGAAGACGAAGAUCUUGAUGACGAAGAGGAUGGAGACGAUGAAGAUGAUGAAGAUGAAGACGAUGAAGAUGAUGAUGAGCACGAAGAUGAAAGCAAGGCAACGAAGAAGUCAGCAGUUGUGCGCAAGAAGAGUGGAAGAGCCCCAGCUGCUGACGGUCAGCAAGGUGAGAGGCCUCCUGAAUGCAAGCAACAAUAG